GCAUCUGGCGGUGUUUCAACAGGAUGGCCACGGUCAAGGCCGUUAGGGCCAAAAAGGGCAAAGUCGAGAUAGAUGUCGAACGAUACCGUUCCGAGGCCCUUUGGAAUAAAGCCUUAGAAACAAUACUUGCCCAUGGAUCCGAACGAUCCACAUCUCUCCAUAUGUUGAAUCAACUAAUUCUGUGUGAGAAUGAACUAGAAUUGAAUGAGCAGGGUGAAGUUCCACCAGAAAACUUGUCGAAAGCGAAGAGGUAUGCGGAAGAAGUUGUGAAUGGAAGCGAUGAACAGUAUAAAUAUGAAGCAUCUGUUCUUCUUGGGAAAAUUUACUACCUUCAGGGAAAUAAUGAAAAAGCUCUGAAAAUUUUAAGCUCUCUUAAUUUGUUGUCCGCCAAAAUGGAUCCUAUUACACUACGUUUCAAUUGUAUCGUCAGUGAGGGUUUAGCUAUUCUGGGUUUGUGUAAGGAAGAACAGUCAAAGCUUAAAAGCCUACCCGAAAAAUCAAAAGAGAGAGAUAAUAUUAUUGUUUUAUUCAAUUUGGCCUGUCAUAUGUGCAUAAAACACCUUCAAGAAUUAGAUCGGAUCCAACCAGAGAAUACAAAUUUAUCUGUAAAUCUACCAUUGGUUGUGGAAAAAGUCAUACAAAGGAUUCCGGAAAUUCUGGUUGAAAAGGGUGAUAUAUCUGGUGCUAUUUCGAAAUAUCGAACUAUCCUUGGUUACUGUGAGCUGCCUGCUACUAAGUCUCUCAGACGAGCUUUAUGUUUACAAUUUUCCGAGCUGCUGUUACGUAGUGUAUGCAUUAAGUCAUAUCACAAGUAUAAUGUAUCGAUGGAUCAAGAUUCCCCAACAGAUAAGGAUUCUCAACUGAUUCCAUAUCGGUAUCCUACCAAUAGAUAUAUUCCAGAUAAUCGAAUAGAAGAAGCUGUUUUCUCGUUAAUGAUUUCUGAGCAUAUAGCUAGUCAAGAUGUUAUACUUAAUCGACCAUCAGAAUUAUCUGAACCUCAGAUAGUCCGAUCAUUUAACAAUGCAGCUGCUGUUUACGAUUUGCUUGCCAUCCUUCUUACUAAAGUUAGACAUUUUAAAUUUCUUUCCAAAUGCCUUGAGAAAUCGCUCAAAUUUUCAUAUCAUCAAUUUCAUAUCUGGUAUCAAUUCGCUUUAUCAUUAAUCAGUUCUAAACAAUAUUAUCGUGGUUAUUUAGCAUUAUGUGAAUGUUUAAGAAUUGAUAAUUCGAAAAUAUCAGUUUAUCUAUUUGCUAGUUCAUUAUGUUUGGGUCAUUUAAAUUUAAUUGAAGAAGGAAUGGAAUUAGCUUCACGUGCAGUUGAGGUUGCUUCACAGUCUGAAACAGCCUUUAUGGCUCGAGCUCAUUUACUAGUUGGUUGGGGUUGGUCCAUAUUGGCUAGAUCCUGCUGUGUUGUGGAUAAAAAGAGUCAAUUGCGCAAUCGUGCUGUAAAAGAAUAUAAAAUUGCUAUACAACUAGAUCCGGAUGAUUAUCUAGCAUGGUAUCAUUUAGCUGUGGAAUUAGCUACACAACGUCAUCUAGAUGAAGCAUUAUCAGUUUGUCAACAAAGUUUACAAUUAAUGCCAAUUCAUUCGAAUACAUUGUAUUUAUUAGCAUUAUUGCAUACAGCUGGAGGGAAACGUUUAGAUCAAGCUGCUAAAGCAUUAUAUGUUGGUUUAAGUGAUAGACCGAAUGAUUUUAAUUUAUUAUUUUUAUUAGCUAAAAUUGAAGAAGCCAGAAUUAAUCCGAAAGCUGGAUUAAAAAUUUAUCGUCAACUGUUAAAAAUAUGGCGUGAUACAUUCUUAUUAGGCAGUAGUGAUUCCAAAGUGUUAUUCAAUCGAAUUCGAAAAACCGCUUUAUCGAAUAAUAAUGAUACAACUAAUUUCAAUACUAAUGAUGACGUAACACUUCCAAAUACUUCUGCAUUCAGUCCAUCAUUAGAAUUAGACGAUGAUUGUUCAUUAUUAAAUUUCUGUGAAGAAAAAACUCCUAACAAUAUCAACUAUUUACAGUUUGCACUUUCUGACAUAGCAAUUGGCUGUCCUGGUCAAACUGGUGCAUCUAUUGUACCGAUUACAAGACAGUCUCGUUCGGGCAAUCAAAUUAAAACGACAGCUUUAAAAGUACAAAUUAAGAUUUAUCAAGGUUUAGCGGAGUCAUAUUUAGACAAUAAUCAAUUAUUUGAAGCCAAAGAAGCAUUAGAUGAAGUAAUGAAAAUUGGUGGUCUCGAUAAUCAAACAUUAUAUCUUCGCGGACGUUUAGCUGAAAAACGAGGACAAUCAUGCAUAGCCCGAUCUCUAUAUGAAAGCGUGAUUGCAUUAAAACCGGAUCAUUUACAGGCGUUACUCUCUUUAGCUAAUCUUUUGUACAAAAAUAAUCAAACAACUCUGGCUGAACGUGUUGCGCGAGAUGCAAUGAAUGUGGAUCCAACAAGUUUUCGCGUAUGGCGUUUACUCUCGGACAUAUUAGGGUCAUCAAAUACACCGGAACCAGCAUCUGAAGCUGUUGUUACACGUGCACUAUUAACAGCUAUUGAGCUGGAACAAACUGAACCGAUUGAACCAUUUUAUUGCUUACCUCUUGGUGUACGAUGUAGUUAAAUGUGAUAAUAUCCUUUUGUUACUCCUGAUCUUUUACAUUACUUACCACUGUAAUUAUACAUAUAUAUCUUCCUUGUAAUCAUAGUUGAUAAUAUUUAUGAAUUAACUUAUUUAUACGCUGAUUGAUCAAACUACCUUUGCAUUCCUUCAAAUAUAGAUAAAUAAAAUAUGAC